AUGGAAAAAUAUAGCCAGUUUCGAGAUCGGGCUACCGGCAUUGCGCCCUUUCUCCCCGUCUCGACACCCCUCUCUGCCGUCGCAGCAUUCACCCACGGCGCACUCUUCCUCUUCCGCCUCCCAUUCUUCAUCUUCUUCUUCCUGGGCUACUUCCUCAUCUUCCACUUCCUACCAUUGCCCGUCAUCUUCCGCAAGGUGGCCCUCUGGGGCUUGAUGGCCAUCCCGGGCAUAUGGUGGGUAGAUCUCCAACUCGACGGUGUGAAGCGUGGCACCCUCGCCGACCAACCCCGAGAGCGCUUCCCGCACCCUGGAUCCGUCAUCGCCGCCAACUUUACGAGUCCCGUCGACGCCAUCUACCUCGCCGCUAUUUUCGAUCCCAUCUUUACCGUCUCGUACCCCGAGACUCGUCAGGUGCAGCGUCUCAGUCUCUUCGGCGCCGUCUUGAUGGCCCUAUCGCCCGUACGAACCGCUCCCCCAAAGAACGCCAAGCUUGUCGAUAUCAGCGAUCUCCUAGCCGACAACCCGAACCGAGUCAUUGCCGUGUUCCCCGAGUGCGGUACCACCAACGGCAAGGCUAUCCUGCCCUUCAGCCCUAGCAUUCUCCAAUGCCCGCCCGACGUCCACAUCUUCCCCGUCAGCAUCCGUUACACGCCACCCGAUGUUACGACCCCUGUGCCCGGAAGAUGGUUCAAGUUUCUGUGGAACCUGCUCUCCCGGCCUACAACUUGCAUUCGCGUUCGCAUUGCUGAGGGUCAGAUGAACUCGGCUGCCGCAAAGACCAACGGCGCCUCAUCCGUUCCCUCUGAUCUGCGUUAUCGCAACGAUGUGGGCUCCGCUGUCUCUGGGGAUGAGCAGCGUGUGUUGGAUCGUAUAGGCGAGGCACUUGCCAGACUCGGCCGUGUCAAGCGUGUUGGUCUCACCAUGAAGGACAAGGCCGCCUUCGUGGAGGCUCUCAAGGGCAAGAAGAACUAA